AUGAAGGUGGAAGUACAGUGGAAGAAGGUGGUGAAGCCGUCGACGCCUACGCCUCAUCACCGGCAAAUACUAAAGCUGUCUUCAAUUGAUGAGCUUCAAGUGCCAAAUUAUGUUGGCAUCAUCUCCUACUAUAGAGAUAAAGCUGAGAAUACAGGAGUUGAUAUUCCUGAAAGGCUUCACCGGAUGGAGGAGUCCCUUUCGGAAACUCUGACAAUCUUUUAUCCUAUGGCAGGGAGAUAUAUCGAAGACGGUGGUUGCUUCAUCGACUGUAAUGACCAUGGAGUCGAGUUUGUGCAUGCCAAAGUGGAUGCCCAGAUUGAUGAGAUUAUCCAUGGAGAGCCUGAUUUGGAUUUGCUCGAUCGUUUGUCAAAAUUCCCGACUGAAGUGGUGGGAAAUCCCUUGGUGGUGAUUCAAGUGAACGUGCUUGAGUGCGGCGGAUUAGUUAUCGGCCUGCGUAUUUCGCAUAAGAUUGGCGAUAUGUACACCAUGGCCAUGUUCAUGAAUUCGUGGGCCACCGCGUGUCAGGGAAACAUGCACGAGAUAGUUCGCCCAAGUUUCGAGCUAUCGUCUAUAUUCACAUUGAAGGAGUCAUCACGCGUAACCUGGCUCGAACCCUGUAUUCGCGAUGAGAAAUUCUUCAUGCACAGGUUCAGGUUUGACGGUAAGGCUAUAUCCAAACUGAAAUCCUUAGCUACAGCUGAUAUGACGGAUUCACCCGCUAAUAGUUUGCAGCCUUCAAGGGUAGAGGUUGUCUCAGCACUAAUAACCAGGGCUCUCGUCAAUAUUGAUCGAAGCAAACAUGGCAAACUAAGGUCUUUCGUCGUUUGCAUGACGAUGAACUUGCGCGAGAAGAUUGGUCUCACAGUACCUGCUAAUUCUUGUGGCAACCUCUAUACCGUGAUUGCCGUUCAACUCAGUAGAGCCAUAGCUGAUGACAGCAACUUGGUGUUCAAAGAAGCGGUGAGUACGAUAAGCGAAAUGGUACGCAACUCCAGAGCAAGAUAUGCAAGAGUAGUAGAAGGGGAGGAGCUCUCUACCAUAGUGAAGGAUUCUACGAUGGAUUUCAUGAAAUUGGUGUUCACUAGUGAGGAGAAUUUAAUUCCAUUUAGUAGCUGGUGCCGGUUCGGGCUACACAAGAACGACUUCGGGUGGGGACGGCCUGCUCUAGUUGGCCCCGCAGCGGCAAAUUUCAGGUCGAUUUUCCUCAUCGACGAUGAAGACAAUGGAGGAAUCGAUGCGUGGGUGACCCUCAAGGAAGAUGAGAUGAUUCUUUUCAAACAAGAUCCGGAGAUCCAAGCAUUCACUUCCCUGUCGGAGAUAGAGGUUGCCUAA